UGAUUUAUUGUGUUUCCAGGUGCCCCAGGUAUCAUCUCUUCGCCUUACGCUGCAGGUUUUGGCCCCGCUAUCGGGUUCCCCCAAGCAGUAGGCCCGCCCUUUGACCUGCUAUCGUGCGUGCCCCCAGGUCUGUCCAUGCACACGAUGACCGGCGCUCUGGGACCCCUCGCCAUGCCCGGCUCAGUCUCGGGACGGAUGACCCUACACGGCAUGGCCCCCAUCGCUGUUCACGCCGUUCUCCUUGUCUCCAACCUCAACCCUGAUAGCAUAUCACCACACGGACUGUUCAUCCUAUUUGGGGUAUAUGGUGAUGUGCAUCGGGUCAAGAUUCUGUUCAACAAGAAAGAGAAUGCCUUAAUCCAGAUGGCCGACGCUACUCAGGCACAGCUUGCAAUGUCCCACCUGAACGGCCAGCGGCUGCACGGCAAGGUGAUCAGAGUGACCAUCUCUAAGCACCAGACGGUCCAGCUGCCCAGGGAGGGACAGGAAGACCAGGGCCUCACUAAAGACUUCAGCGGCUCCCCGCUACACCGCUUCAAGAAGCCUGGAUCCAAGAACUUUCAGAACAUCUUCCCUCCCUCUGCCACCCUCCAUCUAUCCAACAUCCCUCCAUCUAUAACAGAUGACAUCCUGAAGGAGCUGUUUGCUGGGACUGGAUACACAGUCAAGGCCUUCAAGUUCUUCCAGAAGGACCGUAAGAUGGCUCUGAUCCAGUUGGGUUCAGUGGAGGAGGCCAUCCAGGCCCUGAUCGACCUCCACAACCACGACCUGGGAGAGAACCAUCACCUCCGCGUGUCCUUCUCCAAGAGCACCAUCUGACCCGCCUCACCCAGCUCCCCCACCCCCAGGGCCUCGCUCCUGGGCUGGGCUAACCCCAUGCCCCCCCCCCCCCCACCUCCACCCCCAGGGCCUCGCUCCUGGGCUGGGAUAACCCCAUGCCCCCCCCACCCACCCCUAGCCCCUGUUGGGAGUGACGGACAGAAACACCCACUUUUACUUAAAACAAACAACAGACAAUGAACUAGUUUAGAAGAUAUUGUUGUGUAAUAGACUACUGUAACACAAGGCCUUCAGACAGAGACUGAUAUAGAAACGGAGCUGAAGUAGGCUGGAAGGAGAGCUGGUUGAUUGAUUCAGGGCAUAGAGUACAACGGUGAUGUGGGCUGACAUGGUGCAUCAGUGCAUCCUUUACCUGGCAUUCGAGGACCCUAAUCCAGGGAGAGACUAGACCCUAACCCAGGGAGAGACUUGACCCUAACCCAGGGAGAGACUAAACCCCAACCCAGGGAGAGACUAGACCCAACCCAGGGAGAGACUAGACCCUAACCCAGGGAGAGACUAGACCCUAACCCAGGGAGAGACUAGACCCUAACCCAGGGAGAGACUAGACCCUAACCCAGGGAGAGACUAGACUCUA